UACCCCUCCGCCGCAAGGAAUUCGCAGGUGAACGUUGUGGCAUCGCCGAGGCGGUUCAUCGAUUGCGACAUCGAUUGCGAGUUGCUGGGCAGGGUGCCGCUCAGGCUGUGAGCGCCGGGCUAUAAAAAGCGACCGGAUGUCCAUCCGGUUCCUUUCGCCCCGAACCAGUCCGCCGAGUCCGCUCUACAUCCCUCGACAUGGUCGCCAACCUCCUCGCCUUUGGCCUUGCGGCGUGCGCCACGCUCAUCUCCGCCCUUCCGACCGCUAACAUCCAACCCGGGGACGUCGUCGAUCCAACUCCUCUUCAGCCCGUCAUAGUCGUCGCGCCAGCAGCCGUGGCAAUCGACAAUUAUCCGAACAAGCAAAUCGACUUCACCGGCAAGGCGCGGGUGUACACCUUUGAUGCUGCGGCAGAUAUCCAGGAUGGGAAAGUGAAGGUGCACUUCAGCGUCGACAACUGGAAGACGGUUGCUGAUGUAGACGCAAGGUUCGCCAAGGACACCAAGGAAUUCGCAUGGACCGUCGUCCUUCCCGACGGUCUACAUCCCACAAACGUCGUGUACGCCGUUCGGUACGACUCAAGUAAGGGAACGUUCUGGGAUAACAACAACGGAAAGAACUAUGUCGUCCCUGUGGAUUACCCUGUCCUCGCACCCACCGCCACUGCACCCCCCACCCCUUCAUCGACGAGCACUGCCCCGGCCCAGACGAGUACCCCUGGCUCGGGCCAAACCUUCGCUCUCGCUCUUACACCAGACCAGCCCACCACGAACGUCGAGGGAGUCAUUGAAUUCCAACCGGUUCUCUCCUCUGACCCCCAGUCCCUCGUCGGCUUUGUGGACUCUCAAGCGCCGGUCGCAUUCACAUCCGCGUUUGCCAUCAACACCGGCAAGCUGAGCAAUGGCGUCCAUACCGUGACGAUUCGUGCCGAAUUCGGGGACUCGGCCCAGAUCGCAACGCAGCAGUUCACUGUUAACAACACCCUCAAGUUCGUCGACAUGUGGAAGCCAGUCAACACCGUAGACCAGGAUUUCUCGGAUUCCAGUCUAGUCGCGCAAGAUGGAAAAGUCUACGUGGCGUACGAAAAGACGGUGGCCCGAUACGCAUCCUACGGCGCGGCAGAACCAGAGCAAAUCUUCGAUGGAUAUGUGCAAAGCAAAUACAUCGGCAUCAGCGGAUUUACUGUCCAUGAUGGAGUGGUGACCACGUUGUUCUCGAACGGCGAUCUCGAACAACGCACUUACUACAACGAGCCGAUCACCAUGUUUGGCAACCAAGGAAAGGUGAACGUGAACGACAUCCCCGACAUCAGCAAUUGGUGCUCGUUUGCCAGUUUAAUGCACGUAGAGGCCAAGCAGUUGCUCCUAGGCAAUAGUUGUCAAGCCGGACGAAUCUUCAAGUUCGACAUUCUUACCGGCAAAUACCUCGGCUUCGUGAAUGUCACCGGCUCCCCAGCAUACCUCACGAAAGACGACAAAGCUUUUAGAUGGCGUUGAGAUUCCGGUCCCUGCCGACGUCGGCUUUGGCCAGUUUCAAGUGGUUGGAGAUUAUGUUUACGCCCCCGGCCAAGAAAAUCGCCUGAUUGUGUUUGACAAGACCGGCGCCAAGGUCGGAAGCUGGUUGGGAAACAGGCCAUCAGACUCAAAUGGUGAUGAAUCGGGCACCUGGUACGUGUUAUCGGGCGUUAUCCGACUGCCAGAUGGGACGGUAGCCGGCCAGUCGU